CCUCUGCAUCUGUAUUCAUAUGUGCUGUUGUGCCAUUUCCAAACAGCAAAGAGUCUUUGUCUGCGCUCACACAUGUGUGUGCAUUUAUGUGUCUGCAUUCUUUCAGCACAUUCUUUGAAUACAGAUAAGAACAGCAUGUGAAAGAAUGACAGCAGAAAGCGGCAGAGUUGUCACAGAGGAGGAGCAGGAGGAGCUCCCGGCCUCUGGAGCCAUCACACACGCCCAGCACACUCACACCCGGAGUCAAAGCCACAUCCAGUUUCAGCCUCUGACCUACACCACCCAGUGGCAGACUGUUGCUCACACAAGGAGUCACAGCCACACUCACUUUGGCACUGCCUCACACACGCAGCCUCAGAAGUACGGCUGCCGCCUGUCACACAGUCUCUCAGCCAUGACCAAGGGGGAGAAGGGAGUUCGAGGCUCUGUGGGGAAGUUCAUCAAACCCACUGAACCACUGGUCCCCAAAAGUCCUCAGCAGACCGACUUGAGCCAGAAGUUGUCGAUAUGCAACAAGUUGUGUUUCGCUAUCGGCGGCGCACCAAAGGAGGUGGCUGCCAGCGCCACUGCCUUCUUCCUGCAGAUCUACCUGCUCGAUAUUGCUCAGAUCACAGCCUUCCAGGCCUCCAUGGUGCUGUUCAUCGGUAAAGCAUGGGGAGCAGUGACCGACCCUGUCGUUGGGUUCUUCAUUACGAAGAGCAGCUGGACCAAGAUUGGCAGACUAAUGCCUUGGAUGGUGGGCUGCACUCCGUUUUUGGUGGUCUCCUACUUCUACCUCUGGUUUGUUCCUCCUUUCAUCAACAGCAGGUUCAUGUGGUACCUGGGAUUUUAUUGCCUCUACCAAACCCUUGUCACAUGUUUCCACGUGCCUUACUCUGCUCUCACUAUGUUCCUGAGUACAGACCAGAAGGAGCGAGACUCAGCCACUGCUUACCGAAUGACGAUGGAGGUUCUGGGCACACUUUUGGGAGCUGCCAUCCAGGGCCAGAUUGUGGCCAGCGCUCACACUCGGAAGCACUGCCGAACUCACAACGUGUCCGCGGGUUACCUUGGCAACAGCAGUGGGGCAGAGGUCGUCAAGAGCCUGGUGCACUCCCAGGAAUACCUGUCACAUGCUAAAGAGGUGUACAUGAUAGCCGCUGGUGUCAUUGGAGGAGUAUUUGUCGUCUGCACAGUGUUGAUGUUCCUCGGAGUCAAAGAGAAAGAUGAUCCGUACGGCCUGAGGACAGAGAAGCACGUGUCGUUCUAUAAGGGCUUCACCCUGGUGAUGCGACACGGGCCGUACCUCAUUCUGACCGCCGCGUUCCUCUUCAUCACUGUCGCCAUUCAGCUGAUACAGAGCAACUUUGUCCUCUUCUGCACCUACGCUGCCGACCUGAGGGACCACUUCCAGAAUAUUGUGCUGACCAUCCUGGCUUCUGCAGUGAUCAGUAUUCCACUGUGGCAGUGGUUCCUGCAAACUUUUGGGAAAAAGACAGCAGCGUUUUGUGGCAUUACUUGGAUCCUGCCGUUCACCUUGAUGCUGGUCCUCAUCCCUAACGUGGUGGUGGCCUAUGUCGUUGCCGUCUCCUCUGGACUCAGUGUGGCUGCCUCGCUCCUCAUGCCAUGGUCUAUGCUGCCAGAUGUGGUGGAUGACUUCAGACUGGCUAACCCCUACUCUAAAGGUCAUGAAGCCAUCUUCUACUCAUUCUACGUCUUCUUCACCAAGUUUGCUGCAGGCAUCUCCCUGGGAGUGUCCACCCUCUGUCUGGAGUUUGCAGGGUAUGACACUGGUGCCUGCAAACAGCCAGCUGCUGUAGUUUACACCCUGAAGCUGCUGAUUGGUGCUGCUCCAGUGGCCUUCAUUGUGACUGGCUUGGUGAUCCUCCUCCUCUAUCCCAUCAGUGAAGAUGUCAGGCUCCGCAAUAAACUCUGCCUGGAGGAGCUACGGAAACAAAGCAUCAGCUCCAGAACGAUGGAAGAUUUGAAUAACGUGUGACUCCAAAAUGGCGUCCGAAAAAGCCACAUAUUCCAGUGAUGCCGCUGGAAGUUUGUUGACUAGUGUAUAUUACACUGAUAAAAUAGUUAAACUUAUUUUAAUGUAAACAUUCUUUGUUGCAUUUUCCACAUGUACUAGAUUGUCAUCUUGGAUUUUGAAAUAUAUAAGAUUACCUAAUUUAUAUAAAUGAAUGUAUAUUGUUAUUUGCUGUGUUUAGCUCUACAACACUGUUAUUUAUUUAUGAUGUGUAAUUACAAAGAGUUGAUAUGGAAUAAAUGUUGUUGUAGACAAUAAA